UGGCGCACGUAUCCUGCAGAGCAACAGAGUGCUGUAUUCCCCCGCCCACGUAUUAUUCGGCGUAUAAGCACGUUUGUAAUCAAACAAACGAGACCAAGAGAUUCAUCGCAAGGUGGUAACAGCACUAUCAUCACUUUUGACGGAAUCUCCGUUGAUAGAAUGCGUGCGUUAUUCCAAGGCGGCUCAGCAUCGGCCGUCGAUUAACGAAGGGUAGCGCAACUGCGAAUUUUAUUUCACUGACAAUCAUGAUACUGACUGGAUCAGACCAUUUUCUUGCGGGACCGGUGGGAUUGACAGCAUUUCUAGGAACGGUCGCUGGAUUCGUGACUCUACUGCUGGUGUUAUUUCUCUACCUCUCAAAAAAAUGGGCAUUGACACCUGUGCCACAGACGACCCUCUUCGGUGGUAUCUGUGUGCCACUGAAUGAGCCGACCGAGUGUAAUGCUAAUACUCCAGUUGACAAGAGCUUGGGAAAGGUAGUGGCAUAUUCAGAUCCAGAGACAAGUUCAGAUUCCGAGGAGGAUGCACUCAGAAGACUGCAAACUUCUCACUCGCACGUUCCACUACCGGAUACUUUGACCAUUCAGACGGAAGAUUCGCCAACAGUUGUUGAUACGGCUAAUUCAUGUAGCAGUUGUCCUGAUGAGCACACAAGUGAUCAGCACGAGUGCGUCGUGGACGUUGGAUCUCCGAGUAUGAUAUUGGAGAGUCGGGGAUGUGAGGACGAGGAGGAGGAGGUGGGGAUCAUUGAGGAGGUUUGCACGCCAUCGUCGGAUGAGCCUCGGCAGGCUCUCAAUGAAGCAAUCGAUGAGUUUGGUUGUCUCGAGGUGGCUUUUCUGUACGACGCACCUAUGCGUGAGAUGACAGUGCAAGUGCUUCAGGGUAAAAAUUAUCCGGCUGGAAUCGGUGGAAGCCAAGUGAGACUGGUCCUUCUGCCAUCGAAAAAACAAAGACGUAAGACUCGGGUGCGUCAGGGGUGUUCACCGCAGUACAUGGAGAGCUUUUUACUACCCCGAGUGAAUCCUGAGGAUGUCAAUGCAAUGGGAGUGAGAAUGAGAGUCUAUCAGUGGAGUGGAAGAAUGCGUCGCGAGAGGUUGCUGGGGGAGGCUCGUGUUUGCUUCGAUCAGAUAAAUCUCCAGUUGGAGACAAUACUUUGUCUACCACUACAGCCACCACCACGCUCGUCUGUUCACGAUUGGGGUACAACGACGAGUUUAACUCGAAGUGAUUCAACAGGCUCUCAACAAUCGGUACAAUCGUAUGCAUCGCCCACAACACCCCCCUAUGGCAGCAGUAUGAAAGGGGGUAGCAUUGCUGAGAUACUCAUUGGUCUUGCUUAUAAUGGUACUACUGGACGUUUGUCAGUGGAGAUUAUAAAAGGCUCACAUUUUCGGGGUGGCGGUGGUAGUGAUACAAAACCACCGGACACCUAUGUUAAGCUCACACUGGUCGACAGCAAUGGACAUGAAAUGGGCAGAUCCAAAACUGGAUUGAGACGUGCACAACCGAAUCCACUCUACAAGGAAACAUUCAUCUUUCAGGUUGCUCUGUUUCAGCUUGGUGAUGUGACACUUUUUAUUUCUGUCUACAAUCGUCGACGCUCAGCAAUGGGCAAGAAGGGACGUGAAAUGAUUGGAUGGUUGUGCCUAGGACUGAACAGCUCAGGACCAGAGGAACUUCAACACUGGAAUGACAUGCGUUCAGCACGUUCACCCAAACAAUUACAGCGUUGGCACUCACUUCUACGUCCGUAAGUUUACCUUUUCUUUUUUCUCCUGCAAAUUUUAUUGACAACAAUUAUUGUUCAAUACUUGAAAAACAAAAAAUUGAAUGGAGAGCAUAACGUUUUGGACGAUGCUCAUUGCUUCUCUCUCUUUGGAGCGAUUAUAUUUCCUCAAAAUAUAUCGCCUUGUUAUUGUCACUAUCUACUCAAGAGAGAACACUGGAGUCAAUAAAUCACUAUCAAUUGUUUCACUGGAAAAGAAAUUUUGAUGCUAACAUACGAUAUAUUUAUCAUUCGGGAUAAAUAUAAAUAAGAGGGAAAUACAACAUUGAAAUACUUUACGGCAUAAAGUGUGCCAAUUUUUUUCCCCUCCUAAAGUUUAGGCGGUGGACAGUUUCUCGUUUUUAUCGAUUUGUCGUCAAGUUGUAAUUCUUGUCAAUGGUGAACAUCGAUUCACUGGUGACCUUAAUUCAUCAUUAUUGUUACGGUGAAAAAAACAAACUAAACAAGUGUAAAGAAGGCAAAAACAUAAAAUGUCGAUAGUAAAGAAAAUCCAUGGCACACAGAUUUCUUAAAUAUCCCAUUCGUGCCUGAAAAAAAAAACAUAAAAGAAAAUUUAAAAAAAACAACAAAAAAACGUCAACUUUGACCUUCAUUUUUACGUUUUGUGCCUUUUCAUCCCCUUCAACGCUUGUUCAUUUGGUAUUGUAUACUUAAACCAACAUCAAAGAUAAACAGAACGAAAUGAUGUCCGGUAUUGGGCAAUUUUCACACUGAUUUCUUAGGAUUCAUCUAAUAACAUGUAGGGAAAUGGAUGGUUUUACCUCUUGCCGUUAAAGUUAUUAAAAUCUUCUUCAUAAUUUCUUGUUUUACCUCACCUUCCGCAAUAUUCGUUUUUAUUGAGAAAUUUUAUGAAUUAAUCGAUUAUUUUUCCUCUGCCUAUUGCGGUAUAAACUGCAUAAAAAAAUUAAUCGUAGAGUCGUAAGUUUAGUUCUCCCUUACGAUAUAUUGAACAUUCCCAAGGUUUCCGUAAUUUCUACUUUUUUCUUGUCACAAUUUUCUCAAUUGUAAAUGACUAUUAUUUUUUUCUGGCCAAAAUCCUUACCUGAGAGGUAGAAGUUUUUUGAUCAUUGCGAAAAAUAAAAAUCUCUUUUCAUGUAAACCAUUUUACCGCUUCGUUACUGAAAUUGAAAAUAGAAACAACAGGAAAAAUCGCGCACGUUACAAUUUAGUGCUUAAUUAAACCGUGCUAAACGACGUAAAACUCAUAUAAAGUACAUUAUAAUGGCAAAUUGUGAUUUUAAUAUUAAUAAUAUUUGGCUGAAGAGAUUACGUUAGACGAUCACUUGAUUUCAAUGAUGAUUAUCGAAUAUAGAAACGGAUUCAUUACUCAAAUUUAGCAAAAAUGAAGCUAAUUAGACAAAUGGAAGGGGAAUAAGUGGAUGAUUUUGCUGGUCAAAAUUUAACUUGUUUAAUCUAUGAGAUUAAAAACAAAUUGUUGAAUUUCUAAUUUUUCCAAAUAUAAUAUAAAUAUUUAGUGAUUAUUUUAGGGGGGAACCCCCGUGAAACUUGAAAGUCGUUGGUGACGCAAUAAACCUAUCGAGUGACGCAAUUUGAAUCUCUCCAGUCUAAAGAACAUUUAAAAAAUAUUAAUCGGAUGAAAAUUGUGGUUCAUGGGGUAUUUUUACGGUAAAAACUCGAAAAAUUUAGUUUUACCAUGAAAGAUGGGGCAAAGCGGGUUGAAUUCUACAUGAUUGCUAUUUUUUAGAUGGUCUAUUGUGCACUAAAAAUCGCUCGAUAAGCCCGUGAGCCACCAGAGACUCUCAAAUUUUAGGGGGUUCCCCUUUAAGAAGCACACUCUCUUUACUAGAUAUUAAUUCUGUCAUUCCCCAUGAAAUGGCCAUUAAUAGAUGAAUAAUACAGUUACAAGGACUCAGAAACAUAUUAAAAUCGUAAUAAAAAUUAAUCUGUGAAGCAGGAGGAAGCGUUUACUGGAUUAAAUCACUUAGAUUGAAUAAUUUUUUAAUUCAAAUAUAAUUGAAACCUACUAUAUUAACAUUUUUAUAAUGAAUCAAUGAUACAAACAUGAAUGAUAAAAAAGAGGAAUGUUGUGACGAUGAUACCGAAGCGAUGUAUUAAUCAUUUGAUAAUGAUCGAGCAAUAUCAUACUACACAGCUGGGUCCUCGUAAUCUAAUUACACUUUAUCGCAAUUGAGUGAAUGAUGCACAUAGCAAUCAUGAAAAUUAAAGGGAUGGGACGACCUUGGAAUGCUUUGCUUCAAUGAGCAAGACCAGAUGAAAUUAUUUCCAAAACAUUCAUAUGGAUAAUUAAAAAUGAAAAGUAUUGAAGGGCCAAAGGAACCUGAAUAUUGAAAUGUGUAACAAAAAAUGGAUAUUCGCUCCCUAAAUUUAUUCAGAGCAUGACGAGUGGAAUUUCUUUUUCUCCAUCGAUUAACAAAUAAUUAAUGUUGCAGAGCUAAAUAUUAAUGCUUGAGUCUGGUAUUAUUUUUUUUAAUCAUAUGAAACAAUUGAAUCAUACAUUUAACAAUCAAUAUUUUGGAUCCAUGAAAAUUGUUUUUCAUAAGAAAAAAAAAGUGAGAAAAAAAACAAAUAACCAAAACAACUGCACUCUCUUUUGGUCAAUGAAAUAUACAGGAUGAACCGACCAGUGUUUGAACCCUUCCAGUGACCGAAGUCAUUUCCAUACUUAUCGUAGAACAAGUGCUCAUUGUAGUGGAAUGGGACUUUUUUCAUUAAAAAUCAAUAUCAUGUUUAUAAAUUCAAAUGAAACUGUAUUGAACGUUCCCAUUUUCAAGUUGUUUUUACUGAAUCUUCUUCGUUCGAUCACUGCUGUUUGACAACUUUCAUUCGUUUAAACACUGGGCUAUUCACCUUAGUUCAUUGAAAUUUGUACGUCUACUGCACAAAAAUUUAGAAGAAAAAAUCUUGACUAAAUGUUACCACAUUACGGUGUAUCCAUUAAUAUCUAUGGCGUUUUGUAAAAAAAAAGCAAGAAACAAGUGAAAAAAAAUCAAUUGCAUAAAGAUCGUACUAAUUAAUAAUCACUUAUUAUAGAAAUAUCCACCUAAGCUGAUGAUAAAGAUGAAAUAUUUAGUAAAUUCAAUACAAUGAAUUUUUAUUCCAAAACCUUCAUGUACAAUGAAUUAAUAAAAAGCUUUAGAGAACAUAUUUUUCCAACAA